AUGCAGUGCCCUGAGAGUGGAGUCCAAUACAUCCGGUGGAAGGACAGCAGCCUUGACGAAGUCAGGGUGGUGGCCGGGUCCAACACUGAGGAGGCUUCGAGCUGCAGGAGGCUUUCCAGGAAGCUGUGCACGGGCAAAUUGGGCAUCGUCGUGAAGAUAGUGAGUGGACUGGCGAUCUUCUGGUCCAUCUUCACUCUGGGCUACAUCACUGGAUACUACGUGCACAAGUGCAAAUAG